AUGGAGCCGAGCGUUGAUGUGUGGGAAACACUGAUGAAUCUUUCUCGGGUUCACGGAGAUCUAGAGCUUGGAGAUAGAUGUGCUGAGUUGGUUGAGAAAUUGGAUGCCACAAGAUUGGACAAAAUGUCAAGUGCAGGUCUUGUAGCAACCAAAGAGGAACCGAAUUAUCGGUCUAAACCAUGCUAUAAGUUUAAAACAAAAGAUAUUUCACAUCCAGAAAUGGAUACAAUCUACGACACACUAAAGAUUCUGCAGUCAGAAAUGCUAGAAAUGGGUUAUGACUUGAAACUUUUCAGUUGCCAUCUCGUCAUGAAGCCGUGGAGAAGGAGAAUAAAGAACGGAUUUUCGGAUACAGAGAGGAAGUAG